ACAUUGUUAACUGUAAUCAUAAAAUAGUUAUGCGAUGAGAAAUCAAAUAUUUACGUUUUGAAGUGGUUUAGGCGUUGUCUGCCUGACGUUAAAAUUUAAAUUCAUAUUUCAAUUUGAACUCUACAACUGCAAUCAUGUCUAGCAGAAAAGCAAGAGGUCGUGGUACAACCAAAAAACGUGCCCAAAGAGCAACCUCUAAUGUGUUUGCUAUGUUUGAUCAAGCCCAAAUUCAAGAGUUCAAAGAAGCUUUCAAUAUGAUUGACCAUAAUAGAGAUGGCUUUAUUGACAAAGAGGAUCUUCAUGAUAUGCUUGCAUCAUUAGGUAAAAAUCCUGAAGAUGAUUACCUGGAAGGUAUGAUGAAGGAGGCACCUGGUCCUAUAAAUUUCACGAUGUUCUUAACUCUUUUUGGAGAAAGACUUCAAGGAACGGAUCCUGAAGAUGUUAUUAAAAAUGCCUUUGCUUGUUUUGAUGAAGAAAAUAAUGGUCGAAUCAAUGAAGAACGCCUAAGAGAACUUUUAACUACAAUGGGUGAUAGGUUUACAGAAGAAGAUGUUGAUGAAAUGUACAGAGAAGCACCCAUAGAUAAGCAUGGUAUGUUUGACUACAUGGAAUUCACACGUAUCUUAAAGCAUGGAGCCAAAGAUAAAGAUGACCAGUGAAAAGUGAUGAAUGAAUUGUUGAUGAUAUUCUGAUUUUGUACUUACUUUAAAUGUUUUACUAACCAGUGUUUCUUUGUUGCGAAUUUAUUCCACUUAAUGAAAAUGUGAUCACAUAACAUUCAAAUAAUAUGUUUGAAUUUACUUUCUUUACUCAUCAGUUUUUCUUUUACUUAUAUUUUUAGUGCCAAUACGUAACCUGUUAUAUGUCUAAAAAUAACAUAAGGUGUUAUGAGACUCUAUUUAACUGCAGAAUCAGGAGUGAACCCACUAAAAUAAUGUUCAAUAACCCCUCAAACUGUAAUUUUAACAGUCAAAAGUGUGAUUUAUCAACUAAUAGUCAAAAACAAUUUAAAUUCUUCCUAAUUAACAAAUUUGAAUCUGUAUUGAAUACUAUUCUUUGUUUUAUCAUUAAAAGAAGUUAUGUGGCGAGACGUAAUAUACCAGAGUACUUGAAAGAAUUAUAAUAUCCCACAACUGGGGUACGUUAUCACAUCCUUAAAUAUUUUAUUAACUACAAGUCUAGAAAUUUAUCUGUACCAUAGUCUUAAUUUAUAUGGACAGGGACUUGUUUGUAAAAAUAAAUUCAUUAAUUUCACAAACAAUUUUUUUGAAUGAAAGGAAUGUUUCAUCUUCAAAUCAUGCAAAUAAAGUGGAGCAAAAUUUUCCAAAAAUAAUUCAAAUUAGUCUUACUUUACAGUUAAACUAUUCUUUUUAAAAUUUUUAUAUUCCACCCCUUUUUUUUUCUAAAUUUUUUUUCUUCUUUCUAUUAAACUUUAUCUUAAUGGUUUAUUCUGUAUUUUUGCCAUUAGGCUUCUCCGUUAGCCAAUUGUUAUUUUUUGAUCACUCUGCAUUAAAACGACAAUCAUCUUCCCCCCCCCCUAAAAUUAUCAAGAAAAUUAAGUUUAAAUAAUCGAAUGAAUCAAGACUUAAUAAAAGAAGUGUGUAUAAAGCCUAGUCAUACGUUAAUCUGUGUUGAUAUUUUAUGUACGUGAAUGAUUGAUAAUUACAUUUCGAAUGAAUUAUGAGUUGAAAUUAUUUUAUACUCCUGGAUUUAGCCUUCCCAUAGUCUACCAUUAGCAUAUUCUGCAUUUAUUUACUAUAUACUAUUUAUAACAUGUAUAUUUUAAUAAUUUUGUAAGUGCUCGCGUUUCUGUAUCUUUGUCUAAUGAAUAUGCUGUGAAGAUGUAUGGUUUUCAAGAAUAUUGUUUGAAGCAAUUUUUUCUUCUUUCAAUGUUUUGCUAAAUAAAUUGCUUUCUUGAAAAUUA